UUGUAAGAUCCAUUAUUUCAAGCUGUGGUUAUUCAAAAUAUAUAAUUAUCCGCCACUCCAAUGACCUAUUUCGAAAUAUUUCAUAGUAAUUUAUGUAAAGGUAAAUGCGAAUAAACUAUGGAGUGCCAAACGUAUGUCGAUCUCUAAAAAUAUAAUUGUAUUGAAAUGGAUGAAAACUCAACCAAGACCGAUCUAUCAUGCAGCGACUGUGAGCAUUUCAACCCUCAUGAUGAAAUGCCUUCUUCAGAAGAAAGUUUGAAUUAUCCUCUAUGUAAAGAGUAUGAAGAAAAUGUUUUGAGUGAAGCAGAGAGAUUGAGAAGAUUAGAAGAAGAGCAAGAACAGUUAAACUCCUCACUCAUUGCCUUAACGACUCAUUUUGCUCAAGUGCAGCUGCGACUGAAACAAAUUGUGGAUGCCUCUCAAGAAGAGAAAGAGAAUUUACUAAAAGAAUUGGAAGAAUUUGCUUUUCGAGGAAUACCAGACAUCAGGGAAUAUGAAAAUGGAUUGGAUCUUACACAAAUUAUUAAUGAACAAACUCAAGAAGUUAAAUUAGAACAGCAAAGAACAAGACAAAAGGAACUAAUAAACAAGUUGAAAGAACAGCUUGAAGACUUGGAGCACUAUGCCUAUGAAACUGGUGAAGCUGGUAUGCCACAAAGCAUGUUGCUUGAGCGUCAGUCAGUCAUCAUUGAGCAGUUGAAAGGAAAGUUACUGCUAAAUCUGGAUGAAUUAGAAAAACUGAGUCCAGAUGAAUUGCGUUCCCAUGUAGAUUCUGCAAUUAAAGAGCUUGUGAAUCCAGCAAAGAUGAAAGAACAAUUGGUUUGCCAACUUAAAACCCAAAUUUCUGAUCUUGAAAGAUUCAUUGAAUUUUUGCAAGGUGAAGCUGUAUCUAAUGGUAAACCUAGAUGUACUUGUAACUGUCCAGUUCAUAGAAAAAAUCAUAAAUGUCAUUCAGACUCGGAUGCACAAAGUGAUAAUUAUUCAGCAGGAAAUAACUCGAUGAAAAAUACAAAAGAUAGUGGCACAGCUUAUCAUAUUAUGCAGAGAGUUCUUACUUUGUUGCAAGUUUUCACUUUUGCUCAAUUUGGAUGUGGUAGACACAAUUUCCAGAAAAAUAAUUUGAAGAGAUCAAAAGUAAAUCAUUAUGGUGAUUUACGAGCUCGACUGGAAAUUGCUAUAAAUGAAGUAGAAAAAUGUGCUUCUGAGCAAGAAACACCAUGUGAAGAUAGUGAUUAUACAAGUGAUUCUGAAGAUACUCCUAUUGUUCAGUGCAAUGAGAAAUUAACUACAGCUGUACGUAAAGACCUGUCAUCAGCUAUCAGAGAAUUGAUGCAACAUGGUCUUAUGCCAAUAGGUCAGAGUACUAGCUUAGUUCCUUUUGGGUGUUUUGCUGUUCAUUCAUCAGAAAGUACAAAAAUGAUGCAUGCUUGGGACCUCAUUCUUAAAUACUAUGAACUAAAAAAUGGAUAUCAGUAUAAUGCUUCUCCUGCCAGAAAAUUAUGCCAAAGCUUUAAUCUUGAAAUUGUUGGAGGAUUUGCUACAACUCCCAAGCAGUCCCUUCUCAGUGCCAUUCACAAUAUUAUUAGCACACAUACUCCUCUUAAAAGAUCUGCAGAUUCUCAUUUUAAAGCAUUUAUUUGUGCUGCCUUGAAUGAAAAGAGAUUAGUUACUUGGCUGAAACUAAUUUAUAAAACAAGAGUUCUGUUAGAAAGAUAUUAUCAGCCAUGGAGUUAUGCAUAUAAAACAGGUUUUGAAGAUGUCCUGAAAUCUCUUGACAGAAUUAGCCAUUUAGACUUUGAUCUUCCAGUUGAUUUGGCUGUGCGACAAUUGCAAAGCAUAAAAGAUGCAUUUUAGUUAUUUUCAUUGAGCUUUGAAAAAUUGUAAUACAAUAAUGCCAACUCGUUUCCAUCCAAAAUUAUUUUUCAACUGAUUUAAUCAAAUGAUUUCUGUUAAUGAUAAAAUGAUCUUGGUGAAAUUAAUUAAUGUAUUACAUGUUGAACUGUUGCUCUAGUGAAUUUUUAAAGCUAAACAUAUUCAUCCAUAGGAUCUUGCAAUCAUUUUUUUACAUGAUAUGUUUUCAGUUCAAUAGAUGAAAUGCUUUCUUUUGUUUCUGCAAAUAAAACUACUAAAAAUUCUUCCUAAACUGGACGUUGUAUAAAACUAAAGUGAGAAACACCUUCUGAUUAUAAAAUUCCUUUAGCCCUCCUUAAGGUUGUAACACUGUAAGGUUCUAAGCUGCAAAUAUAUUUAGUUCAGUUCACUCCAUUAAAAAAAGUAUUUUAUAGUGUAAUGUAACUAGUGAAAUUCAACCUUCUUGUUAUCCAGUUAACACUAUAGCUAUUUGAAACACAUGUAAAGCACCAAGAAGCAAAGGGAUGUAAGUGAACCGUUAAUUUCAAAAACCAGUUAAGCAAUAAAAUUUCUAAUCAUAAGAAAACAUUUUUUCCAUCUCAUUAAAUUAUUCAGUCGCAAUUAUAACACUUUUUACUGAAAGAAAUAUAUUUAACUAUGUAUACAUUUUAGUUUGAAAUAUUGUAAUCCUUAUCGAACAUUUUUUGAAUAAGAGUAAAAAUGCUUUUCUGAACUUUUAGAGCUUGUCUCUCAGCUGGUUUUUGAAAUAAAUGGUUCAGGUGAUGAAAAUAAGUUUGAAGUUAAGGAAUGCAGAUAAUGAAAUAAACAUCACUGUGUUUUGCGGUAAUGAGAUAUUAGUUAUAGUUCUGACUAGUGGUGUUAUCCAGCAUGGUAUACCGAUGCGAUUUCUCCAGAUUGUUUGCUGUUGUGAUUCAAUGUGUGGGGUCGGUCUAGAAAUUCUUUUCCAGACCACACUCAUCGUGAGAAAAACAUGUAACGCGGGUGUUUUAUAUCUGUCACCAGUAUGGGAGCUGGAUAAGUAUAAGACCACACGUAAAUACGGUUUUUGCUCCCCUUUUCUGAGAAAUGUUCGAAAUUAGAUCUUCAGAAUAGCUGAAUUCUAUCCGAAGCUGGACAUUUGUUGUGCACAUAAACUUUCUCCGUUUGGUGUGAUAUGAUGUCUGUGACACUAUAGGGAACAUUUUUCAGCCAUCUUGUCAACGCAGUUGAAAACCACAGACAGCAGGAGGAAAAGAUCUUAACGCAUUUUGUCAACAUCGUCUGACUAUUGUAAACAGGGGUGCAUUCCCCACCAAACGAAUCCCCGUAUAUAAGAGAAAGUAAAGAGGUCAAAAAGGGGGAGACACUCGUAGAGCAAAGAUGCUCGUGAGUCGCGGAGUGGCUGACGCAGUUCAAAAUAUCUUUGUAACAUUAAAUAAUCUGUAAUUUGUAAUAUCGCUGUAAAUAUUGAUAUGUUGAUUAAACGUCUCUAAAAGACCAUGCAUUCUCUUGUCGUCUUUACACAAGAGGUGGAAACGGUACAAUGGUUUAGAAAAACUUCUCAAAUGAAAGUUUCUGGGCGAUUUGAAAGAGCUUUACUCAAAAAUUUUCUGUCGCUUGUAUGUCCCUUUGCUUCUUGCUUCCUCAAAUGCUCUUCCACAUAGUUGUGCCACCCACCCUGCUUUUGCAGUAAAAAUAAUCAUAAAUCUUUACACUAAGAUUUUUUUGUUGGUGUAGGGAAAGGGGUUUUUUUUUUCUUCUACUUCCAUUACCAGUAAAAUUCUGUAUAAUAACUUUUCCUUACCAUUAUUUAGCAUUUGUGCAAUUGUGUUAUAUAUUUCUACUGCUCAGAUUUGUUUUUGUUGCUUCAUAAAAAAAUCCUUUAUUUACAAUUUUUGUGUUGAUUAUAAAGCUAUGAAUAUUUUGUAAGGUGGUGAAAUUGUCUAAUGUAUUAGAGUUAGGCUCAUGUAAUUGAGAUUUUGAUUUUUAUGCAAUUGUGAUAUGUAGCUAUUAAGUUUUUCAGCCGUAUCUCAAUAUCCAAUUGACACUAUUUUGGAACCCCAAACUAAGUUUUGUACAAGGGAAUUUUUUCAAUUUACAUGAUAAAACUCUGAAUGUUACAGAAUCAUAAAAUAUGAGCAUGCAUAUGUUACUAAACUAAUAAGAGGAGGCAUAAGACAUAUUAGUAAAAACAUUUUUUUUAACUCUACGGCACUUCCUUGGGUGAUUAAAAGACUUUAAUUAGUACUCUUUUGAUUAAAAAGAGGAAAAAAAAGCAAGCAUAUUGAGUGCCAACAAACUAUGAUUUGAUUCAGAUAGAUAUGCAUGAUUCACAACAAGUAAAUCGCAAACUAGAUUGUAAUGCUGUUUCCAAAUUUGUAAACUUCUCAGGAGAAAUUUGGCGAAUCAGUAAAUAUUUUAUUAAGUUAUAGUGAACUCGUAUCAAGUCUGUUAAUUGUAUUAUGUUUUGAUUUAUAAAUGUUCUUCCACCUUGAUUGUGCCCCAUACCCGCAGUAAAAAUAAUCAUAAUAUUGAGUCAUUAAUUUGACUGAGAAUCUUUUUUUUUUUUUUUGUAAGAAAUUUAGUUUGACUAUUUCAUUUCCCGAUUAAAUUUUAUAUAAAAUUGUUGUUCAUUUACGUUUUUACUCCUAAUGCAUUUUGUUAAUUGUGUUACGCAUUUAUCCUGUUUUCAUAUGUUUUUGUUCUUUCAUAAAUAUUCAUAUAGUUGCAUUUGAUGUAACCCAUUAACUUUGCAUAUGAUGAUAAAACUAUCGAAGUUUUGAAUAUACAUUAGUUCAAUUCAUCUUUCACUUACGUAAAAAGACUUACGGUAUGAUUUCGUAUAUUCGACAGUAACGCGUACCUACUGAGAUUCAAGCUAUUCUCAUGAAUACUGUGUUGUGCUGUUCUAUCUCGUAGUUGUGCCAACCUCCCCCACAAUGAAUUUUCAUUUGUGUUCAUGCAUUUUCUAGUUAAACUUGUUAUUAUUUAACAAUUUUACAUGUAUUAGUUUAAGUUAUGCUAUGCAUUUAUAUUCUUUAUGUAUGUUUCUGUUCUUUCAUAACCAUUCAUGUAUUUGCAUUUUGUGUACAUUGCUUUCAUUGAUUUUAAAGAAUGUAUAAAAAUGUUAAAUUUUAAAUAUUUAAUUCUACUCAAAAUUUUACUAGUCAUGUAAUUUAUAGAAUUGUGAAAGUUAACAAUGAUAAAAGAAUUUGGUCAUUUUUAUGAAGUUUAUUACAAAAGAGGAGUUGAA